AUGGUACCUUACGAACCGAGAAAGAUCUUGCUUGGCCACAACACGCUCGCAAUCGCCGAUCCUCGAAGCGUCGAGUCGUUGGUCAGUCUGAAACAGUCGAAUGUUGCGUGGAUGAAGAAGUUUAGCGACCGGAAUAGCCAAAACAGCGCGGAGCGACUGCAACGGCUCCGGCGCGAAGCAGAAGAGCACCUACGACUCGACGGAACCCGUACUGCGCCUAGAGAAGAGACUACGACUGAACCAUAUUUCCCCAUUGAUCCUGCACUUGGAGACUUUGUUAUGCGCCGACCAGAUAUCCCCAAGAAAAGACCGGGAUAA